ACUUCAUUUCCCACAAUGCAUGGCUUCUUCUCGAUAAACACACACACCCCUACACACCGAUCAGUCAGGAAGUCCAGAGCUGAGUCGCCACAAGGAUCAGGUUGUGUCUUUUUUCCCCCCAAGCUGAAAAUGAGCGAGAGCGCAGAGGACAUGGAGUCCUCCAGAUAUUCUCAGGUGGUGUUUGUUGAUAUUCCUCGCUCCUAUCCACUCCACGCUGAUGUGAUCUGCUGUUACAGGUUGACUGGAGACCUGAUACCCAGCGCAAAAGACUGGAUAGGCAUAUACAAGGUUGGCUGGGAUUCAGUACAGAAAUAUUCUUGUUAUCAAUGGGUGAAGCCUUGUUUGGACUAUAAAGGACUUGAUCCCCUUAAUCACCAAAUUGUCUUUGAGGAAUACUACCUCCCUAAAGAUGAUGGUGAGUUUUAUCAGUUCUGCUAUCUGGACAGCAGUGGUCAAGUGCGAGGAGCGAGCACACCAUUCUGCUUCCAAGACCCAGCAGAAACAAGUGCAGACUGCAGCCUUUUAGUGAUCUCAACACAGGAGCAAGUGGAGCAGAUGGAGAAGGAAAAAGAGGCCAUACUGACUGAAAUGGAACAAUUAAAAGACGAGAAAGCAAUUUUAAAAAAUGAGCUGGAAGAAAGACUGCGAGAGAUUCACCGUCUCAGGAUGUACAUUGAUAAGCUGAAGUCUAAUAGUACAGGUGAAACAUUUCCACUAAAAGAGCAGCCUGAAAGUCCGGCACAGGGUACCCUAGAGCAGCCAUUUCUCUCUGACACUGUGGCAGAAACCAAACCGGAGCAAGAGUCACUGACCCCUGUCAAUGAAAAGUAUGAGAAAGCAUUGCUGAAGAUUACUAUGCUGAAGCAGGAGAAAGCACUGCUCGAAGAACAGGUCAAGGAGAAGGAUGCAGAGCUUUCAGAGCUGAGGCCUAGGGCCAAAAAGGCAGAGCAGGACUAUAACAGAUUACAGGAUCAGUUCCAACUUCAACAGGUUGAUAUGCAAAAUAUGCAUAAGGAGAAUGAAAGAUUGUAUGCUGAAAACAAGGGAAAUAAUUUGGAGCUGGAGAAACUGCAGGAAGAAAACAAGGCCUUACAAGCAAGUUUGUCCAAGCAAGGGCCCACUGAGGGGGACAAAAGUGACACGAAGAUGCAGAUUCUGAAACUGACUGCUGAGCUUACAGAAGUCCGAGGGGCACUGCGCAAAGAGAUCCAAAACAGAAAUGAGACUAUUAAACAUGCAGAAAAAGCCAAGCUAGAGAUCAAAGAAUUUAAGAUGGAGCUUGAGAAAAGGACUGUGACUGAGGAAAGUGUUUAUUAAAAUUGCUUUAAUAUCAGUCUCUCUUCUUUUCAAUCAAAUGUUUUUAAAAUGCAUUCGGUGUUACAGUGUACUCAGGAAGCUCAGGUAAGUUUUGGACACACCUUUUUCUAAUCUCUAGAAUAUGUAUUGUCAUUUCAGAUGGAGUUUGCUGAAGCUCGUAGGAGACUCAGCGAACAGGCAAACAUUGCAGAGGUGGCACAAUUAGAAAAAGAAAAGCUGUCUGAGGAAAACAAGG